AUGCGGCAGGAGUUUUCAAAUGCCAAACAAAUGUAUCGUCUAGGCGGCAUGCCAUACGCUCUGAAUGCAUGGAUAUAUGAAUGUGCAUCUCAAGUGCCCUCUGAAAUUGCUGUAAGAGUGGGUAAUAAAAUUCCCAGAAUUCUUAACUGGCGUGUUGUUGCCGUGAAGCCAAAAUUUGAGACCUUCAUGUCUACCAUCUUCAGUGAGUAUCGAUGCUCCAACAUUGUCCAAUCUCAACAUGAAAUGGAAUCUAUUAUCAUUCAUGGCAGUCAACAGAAACCUGAAGCUUCAACAUCAGCUGCCAAGGUCAAUUUCAGAAAACCUCAUGAAGUCCUCGGAUUUGAGGACUUUUCAACAACACCACCCACAAAAUUAUUAAAAAGAUCCAGUCAUGUCGUUGAUACAUCUUCUCCAUAUCCUUCCAAAAGAAUGAAGACUUCCCCUACUAAAGAGCCAAUUCAAGUAGAAAUAGCCAACAUGCAUAAGAAUUUCAUACCACCAAAUGAAUCAGAAAAGCCUAUUUCUCCUGACAAUGUACCAGCGGCGAAGUCAGCGGUGAUACAUUCUGAUUUUUCAUAUACCUGUAUCAAGGUUGACCGAAAGUUCAAGCGUUUGGAGAAUAAAAUUGAUUCAAAUUAUAUUGAUCUUUUGAAAGCCAUCGACAGUAUAACGAACCGAAUGACUGGCACAUCAUCUCAACUUAAAACAGAUGAUUUUGAUCAAACAUUCCAUGUGGUUGAACAACAACAAGCACCUACUGGAUUAGAGGUGCACAAUUUUGCAAAUAAAUCUGACCCACCCCAACAAAAUGACCAAUCUAAUAUCCAGGAAGAUAUUAAGGGACCUGAACCAUCCACCAUGAUAAAACAAGUGGACAAUAUAUCAGAACAAAACAUUUCAUCAGAUAUUCCAGAAUCAUUUGAUCAGUAUGUUUCUUUUGAUAUAUUAAAGGAACCAGAAACAUUAAUUUUUACACCACAAUUGAAGGAUGUAUCAGCACACCAAAUGAAACCACAAAGAGCAGAUAUUGAUCAGCUUAUUACUGAUUCUGAUACAUUACAAAACACUGCAAAGAAAGAUGGAAGAGUAGCCAUUGAUAAAACUGACAAGGUAGAAGAGCAAGUUGAGGAGAUUGAAAAAGAAAAAAUCAAGCCAAGCACAUCAGAAUCCAAUACUUCAGCACCGUUUUCGAGCGAAACUCUGGAGUGA